AUGGCUACGUUUAACUUUGACGGGUUCCCUGGCUUCUAUCCUUCCGAAAAGCAUGAGAACAAUCAACCAAACGAAGUCUUCGCCGAUGUAGUAAAUUGGUCGCCGGAACGACCUAACGAGGCCGACGAGACGUACCUCACGCAGGGACAGAUACCUGAGUCACACUCUAACUUCCCGCCAGAAUACCUCAGUGGCAUGCACCCUACGCACUGCGCCACCAUGGGCGCCCUGCCCGCUUUUCAACCCCCCGCUCAGUACAUCCGCACGCUCGCGCCCCAGCCCCAGUGGGGCCCCCUCUCGGAGGCGUGGGCCUCCUUCCCCGGGACCCCGGUCAAUAACCCGCUCUGGAACCCCGCCGCCGGACAAGCGGUCCCCACGGGCGGGUGGCGCGAGGCCCGUGCUCCGUACGGCGUCGAGCCGGAGCCGGCGCCGCUGCCGCACGCACCUCUCGGGGGUGGUUGGGACGGCAUAGACUUCGGGCUCUCGGAGAGCCUGCUGACGAUGAGUCCGGCCGAGACCAUCCGGGGGAACACCUUCUCGCCCCCGCCGCCGGCGUACUGGGACACGCGGUUCCCGAACGUCGCCGCGCACAUCGACAACUACCCUGGGGAGCAGCAGCUCGGCAUGUUCGGUGGCUCCUUCGCCACCGUCGACGCCCUCGCGCCCGUGCCCAAGUGGUCCGAGCUCGACCUCCACUUCCCCCCGGUGGCCGAGCGCGACUGCUCCCCGCUCUCGGACCUCUCGGACCUCUCGGAGCUGUCCUCCUCCUGCUCGCCCGAGGCCGACUCCCCCGCCUUCUCCACCCCAGGCCCUUCGUACACCCCCUCUCCCAUGCACUCGCCCCGCCGCACCUCCAAGGCCGCCCUCGGCGUGCACGCGAAGCACAGCCUGCGGGGCCCCGGCAAAACCACCUCCUCCACCUCCCGGCGGGCCCACGCCGCGGCGCCCCUCCCGCCGCUCGACCCGCGCUCGCCGCACCACCCGCGGGACCGCCGCGGGCCGCGGCGCGCGCCCGCGGAGGCGUUCCUCGACGAGUACGACGGGCGGGCGGGGUGGACGGCGCGCGCGCCGCUCGCGGCGACGCAGGUGUGGGUGCACCGGCUCGACCCGCACGGCCCGCCGCACCUGUGGGACGGGCGGCCGCUGCCGGCGGGCGUGCACCCCGCGGACCUGCCCUACGCGCUCGCGGGAGGGGGACGGCGGGCGCGGUGCGCGUUCGACGACUGCCGGACGCCGGUGCGGAGCGCGGGCACGCUCAAGCACCACCUGCAGAGCCCGGAGCACGUGGGGGCGAAGAUCCUCUGCCUCGAGUGCGGGUUCGCGGCGCGGGAGGACAACUUCCGGGCGCGGCACGGGGCGGUGUGUCGCCAGCCUGUUGAGGGGGCUGGGGCGGCGGCGGGGCAGAGGAGGCGGGGCGGGCACAAGCGGCACCCGCUGUGGGUGACGAUGAGGAACUCGGGCGAGCUGGAGGAGAUGCUUGCGCGGCGGGUGGCUGAGGCGGAGGCGGGCGCGGCGCAGCAGCAGCAGCAGCAGCAGCAGCAGCAGCAGCAGUAA